GCGGGGCUGGAGAGCAGAGCGCGGAUGGAAGCGCUCCACACAGGACCUGAAGUUCUGAAUGAACGCGCUUCUUUUCUCCAAACCAUGGGAGACGGGCUACCGUCCGUAAACUACAGCAAUGACUCUAAACGCGCCACGGCGGAUCUUAACGUUUCAGAACAGUGGCUCGUGGGCAUGGGAAUCCUCAUGGGUCUGAUAGUGUUUGUCAUUGUAGUGGGGAAUAUACUGGUUAUAGUCGCCAUAGCGCGGAAUCAGAGGCUCCAGACGCUCACCAAUGUUUUCAUCGUAUCUCUGGCGUGCGCAGACCUCAUCAUGGGGUUACUGGUGGUGCCAUUUGGCGCAGCCCUUGAGGUCAGAGGAGCCUGGAUGUAUGGAUCGUUCUUCUGUGAAUUCUGGAUAUCUCUUGAUGUACUUUGCGUCACGGCGAGCAUCGAGACCCUGUGCGUAAUUGCAAUAGACAGGUAUAUCGCCAUCAUCUCUCCAUUUCGCUAUCAAAGCCUUUUAACAAAAGCACGAGCCAAGGUGGUGGUGUGUGCGGUGUGGGCUAUUUCAGCCCUGGUGUCGUUUCCCCCCAUCCUCAUGCACUGGUCCCAGGACAGCGAGGAGACAUCGUGUUAUGAAAAUCCCGAGUGCUGUGACUUUGUCACCAACCGCGCAUAUGCCAUCUCCUCAUCCAUUAUAUCGUUUUACAUCCCUUUAAUAGUCAUGAUAUUCGUCUAUGCUAGAGUGUACAGAGAAGCCAAACAGCAGCUGAACAAAAUCAACAAAUGUGAGGGAAGGUUCUACAACAAUCACGGUACAAACUGCAAACCAACCCGAAAACGGACCACCAAGAUCCUGGCUUUAAAAGAGCAGAAGGCUCUGAAAACGCUGGGAAUAAUCAUGGGAACGUUCACUCUGUGUUGGCUGCCGUUCUUCAUCGUGAACGUGGUGCGGGUGUUUUGCGCACAAGUGGUGGAUAAGGAGCUCUUCGUCUUUUUAAACUGGCUGGGGUACGUCAACUCCGCAUUUAAUCCCAUCAUAUACUGUCGGAGUCCCGACUUCAGGAAAGCCUUCAAGAGGCUGUUGUGCUGUCCCAGGCAGGCGGACCGCAGGCUGCACGUGAGCUCGUGCGAUCUGUCCCGCUGCACUGGAGGCUUUGGGAACUCGAUGGAGCAGAGUAUGCUCGGGACGUGGUCGGACUGUAACGGCGCAGACAGCAGCGACUGCAGCCUGGAGAGAAACGGCAGGAUGUCCCAUUCAGAGUCUCAGCUGUAAAAGUGCAGCCAACAUUAUUUCAUCAAUAAUACACGAGUGAAAAUGCGAUUGGUUGAGGAUAUCAGGUAGGCUGACUAUAAUUAGGAGCCAAGAGCUUGUUUUGAGGUAACCAAUGAAGUUAACUGACAAAAAAAAAAAACUGACUAGUGAGUUAUUGUAUUUCUUCUUCUUCUUCGUUUUUACUAUUUCCAAACAACGCACAAAGUAAAUAAUUAGGUGGUGAGGAACGACAUACAUUUUCCCUCCCCCACUCAACGCGUUCUGUAUACACUCCGCUCUAGCUCCACUCCGGGUUUUACUUUACGCUCGGAGCGAUCGUGGAUUGAGUGAUCAUGCGAAUUCUCUUUGGUUCAUUCCGAUUUGCUCCACCAUGAACAUGGAAAACUUUAGUGAUGAUAACAACAGUCCGAGUGCAUUUAUUGCUACAAUAUAUUUUCAAAUUUUCCAACCUUUUUAGCAGCGGGUUACAGAAUCAUUUUUCAGAUUAAUUUAAUCUGUACGGAUUUUAUAAAUCAUUUUAUUUCACGAACCAAACCACUUAACUACAAAGCAGACCACAACAUAAUGGCAAUUAAAAAAUAAAUAAAUAAAAAUAAAUAAAUAAAUAAAUAAAUAAAUAAAUAAAUAAAUAAAUAAAUAUAUAUAUUAU